GUAUUGUGGAUCAGGAAUAAUUAUGAAUGGUGUCAUCGAAAAUCAAUGUCAACCGCAAGAUGGACAUGACGAUCGAAGUGUAUCUAAUGAUUAGAUGGAUGGAAAGUGAAGCUCAAACAUAUCUGCUUGGUUGAAAGUUACUUCGAGGAUUCGGCUCCUGAAAUAGAAUAGAAUAGAAUGACUUCUCCAUUUGUUGACGUGGCGAAGUUUGGGCAGUAGUGUCCACUCUAAGACAAUGAGUUAGAUAUCACGUAGAUCGAUCAACGAGGAGAUUUUCAGAGAGACAUCUCUCAACCUCUCUCCUUAGUUGAAAAGAAAAUUUUAAAUGAUUGAAUUUUCAAAAUUUUAUCAGAUUUCGGAUACCAACACUGAUUCUCAUGUUGCUAAAAAAAUUCAAGAGAUUUCAAACAUAGAAAGAGCUCAAGAACAGGAUUCAUCACAAAUUACUUUGUAAGAACAAUGGUGUUCUCUGAGUUGGAAGGAAGAAGUUUACAGGAAGCCUUCAUUAAAAACCAAAUCUUUAGUUUUUAAACAGUUCUCAUCUUAUGAUCUCUAAAUUUAAAAAUGGAAUCUAGUACGGAAGAAUUAUGAUUAAAAUAGGUUGAUUUGCACAAGUUUUGAUUUGAAAUGAAAAUUAAAUAGAGUUCGGGAAAACUGUCUUGAACAUUUUUGUUGAUCAAUUAUGAAUUAUGAUUAGUUCGAGAAAAUUCGUUGUUUUUGAUCAAUUUUUCAUUUAAAUGAAAAUUGAAUGGAGUUCGGGAAAACUAACUUGAAAUUUUUUUGUGGGACAAAUAUGAAUUACGAUUUAUUCUCAAUUUGAAUAAAAUAAAAUUGAUACAGUGAAAAUGUGACAAGACAAUAAUCAAAAUAUUUUUUCGAGUUAGUGUGAAUUUUGAGUAUACUGUGUCAUAGUGACCAAUGAGUCUCUCAGGGAAAAUGUCAAAAAAACAAUGGUUUCUUCUUUGGCUCAUCUUUAUCAGUUAUCUAUUCCUGGGUGCGACGGUAUUCUACUAUUUGGAAAGAAAACUGGAAUUGGAAAGAAGACACAUAGUCAGGGGCGAACAGGAGGAGAUAGAGGAUCUGUUGAGAAUGAACUACGCGGCCGACGCGCCCCAGGAACAGGAACAGAUCCUGUUGCGACUGACCGAGUACUGCGGCAAGCCGUUCUCCACUAAGCAACGCGACAGCAACGCGACAGCAACCGCAGUCGGCGACCGCAACGCGACUGACGCGACAUGUGGCGACGAUUCGGACGACACUUGUGAGGAUGAGAAGCCGAUCCGAUGGACUUUUUACAACUCAUUCUUCUUUGCGUUGACUACGCUAAGUACCAUCGGAUACGGCAACUUGUCACCCACAUCAAUGGAGGGCAGACUGCUGGUGAUAUGCUAUUCUUUGAUUGGAAUUCCACUCAACGGAAUUGUCCUAUCCCAACUCGGAGAAUGUUUUGGAUCCACGUUUAUGAGAGUGCACCAUCGAUAUAAGACGCAUCGCUUCGAAACAAAGCUGAGCCUCAUAAUGGACAUAAUCAUGUACCUCAUACCAGGAGUUGUAUUCUUCAUAUUCAUCCCUUCUGUUUUUGUGUACUUUGAGGGAUGGACUUUCGACGAGAGCAUUUAUUACGCGUUUGUUACAUUGACUACUAUUGGCUAUGGCGAUUUUGUGGCUGGACAGACGGGCAGCGACAACCCAUGGUACAACAUGUACAAAGUCCUUCUGAUCAUCUGGUUCAUGUUCGGACUGGGAUACCUAGUGAUGAUCCUGGGCUUCAUAGCUCGCGCCAUGCAGUCGAAGAAGAUCGCCCGCUUGGAGCAGGCGGUCACUCAGACCCUCAAGCAGACCCACAACAAAAUAUGGAAGGAGUUCACGCAUGAGGUCACCGUUGUCAGGAGAGCGCUCAACGAAAUGUAUCUGCUCAAAGUCAAGCCAGUGUACAGGGACGGCGAGGUAGGACCUCUUCAGGGCAGUAAGCGUCUCUCCCGCUCCGCACCACAGCUCACCGAAUGGCCGGUGCUCCGCCGUCGCGAAUCCGCUCCCGCUAUCGGCGACGAACUGGAGGCCGACGAAGACCUGGAGGCCGCAUUCCGUGCGAAACGCCUACAGCGACGGCAGGCGUUCUCCGAGAAUGUGCUGAAGGCCCGACCGCAACGGACCGCGUCGGACGGCGACUUGACGCUGAUUGACCGCACGGCUACCUUCCGGUCAACGACGCCCGUUGAGCCUGGCCUCCUAUUGGCCCGCAUUGUCGACGCCAUAGGAACGCCUCUGCCCGCUCGCGGUCACGAUUCGGGUUCUGAGUCGGGAUCCGACGAUUAUAGACCGCCAAAGUACAACGUUUACGGAGAUGGCAUCAACAUGUUCAGUGACUCAGACAUCCUGGCGAGCGAGUGGGGUGGAGGGGGUGAUGACAGCCGAGACAGGAGUCGAACCCAAAGCGAGGGUCUCUCCCCCCCUCCCUACCAUUACCACAGUGACUACGACGAGCAGAGAACGUGGUCUGGAAAUGAGUACAACCACUACAAGAACAAUCUGAGCCACAACCCAAUGCCGAGCAAAGAAGGCGUCUGGUCGCAAUCGGAUCAGCUGUUGGGGCCGGCCUCACGCCGCGGCGGUCUGCGCCGAAUGUCAAUGGCCGCCAUCAACUUCUUCACACCGGCCGCCAAAUGGGUCAAGCGCAGUUCGCUCCAAAAGUCAAAUCCUGACGAACUCAAUCUGCACAAUCAGCUGAAUCAGCAAAAUCAGCAGAAAUCAAAUGCUGAAGGACUCAAUCAGCUGAAUCAGCAGGGCGGUAAGCCAACGCGCGAGCGGAAGACAAGCAGUCAUGGGGUCGGAAAAGUGAGAGGGAGACACACUGGUAUCAACCGACAUGCGUCAGAUGGAUAUCUCAAGAAACACAGGUUCUCUCUACAAGACAAUAGUAACCUUCACAACCGUGCUGAAGAAGAUCAUCAGCUAGACGACUCCGUCAACUACCUGUCCUACACGACGGGACGGCGUCCCAGUCUGCUGGCGGCCCUGGCGCGGGAAAUGGGACCGAAACGGGACAGCGCGGUUAGCAUCAGUCCUAACAUCAGUGCAAGCAUCAGUCCCGUACUGGAGCAGACCAGUGUCGCCGACUUCAUCCGAGUUCUGUCGACUCUACACGAUCAGCAGGACGCUCAAGGUCAUCUGGAGCGUCAAGGUCAUCACGAUCACAAAGGUCAUUACGAUCACAGUCUGACCAUCUGUAACGGCGAGUCGACGUCGCGGCGGCGUUUAUUCAGAUCGACGUCGACGCUUGAUACUUAUCAGCGGGCGGAAGCAGUCAACCCAUCCCUGGUAACAUCGGACGCAGCUUUCACUCCCUCACCCGCAGCCACCGACAUCAGACGGCGACGCUUCUCAUUCGUGCCAACCCUGUCCAGCUUCUCCACCAAUGACAAACAACCUCUCAAGAAACCAUCAACGGAGGGCCUCUUCCAACGACACAGGUCCCGAUCACAGUCUGUCUCCCCGGUCGACUCGAGUUUGUCCCUUGCCGCUCCCGUGGACCGUCGAAUCAGGAGAUUAUCAUCAGGGGGAACGAAAGACAGGUCCUUCCUGGGCCGCAGGAGUUUCAGUGUGAUGACGUCACCUAGGGGUGCUCCUCCUCCACCACUCCUCAAGACGCUCACCCCUCCCAGGUUGGUCGUGACGUCGCCUGAAGGUCAUGAAGAAGCCACUGAACAUUCGCGGUUCACCGUUUCACAAGCGGAGUCUAGUGUUUCAAUACAACAGCAUGAAGAUGCCUCACAAUCACAGACCAGUGUAGCAUGGCAGGCUUCCAAAGAUGCGUCAACUGAUGACAGAGACAGUUCAAACGAUAAGAAGGACAGUUUAACUGAUGUUGUCGUGGUCAAGUUAUGACGAAGGCUGUGAUAUUAUUUACGAGAUAUAGUGAGGUGCACGAUAGCAGUUUUUGAUUAGCUCUGGUGUUGCUAUAGUGAGGUCCACGUUAUAAUGGCAGUGUUUGAUUACCAAUGGUAUUGCUAUCCUUGUCUAUCAUUCAACAAAGGGGAUAGGGCUAUCCUUCUCUAGCUCCGCUACGUAGCCAGGACGUCUCUUUCUCGCUUUGCUCUGUUGCCAGAUCGUCUUUUAACGAUAUAGAAUCCUAUACUAUUAAACGAGCAAUUUCCGUUUAUAUGUUUAUAUAUAUCUGUAUGUGACCAAAUCUCGAAAACGGCUCUAAAUUUGAAAGAAAGUAGGUUUAUGAUAUAAAAAUUCGAUUGCACUAGGUCUCAACCCUGGGAUAACUCGCUGAAGGACAUUAGAAGGAUAAAUACGUUCUUGGAAAAACAGCUGGAAAUUUUGUCGUCUGUUGAUGAUGGAAGAGAGUGAGCGAAUGAAUCUCUGUGGAACUGAGACAAAAUUAUGACUCAGCUGUUGAACUUUUGUAAUCAUUCAAUCAGUGCCGGUUGUACAAGAGCCGGUUUAAUUUUAAUCCUGAUUGAUUCCAGUAGAACCAAUCUUAUAAGCUAUCUUUUUGAAAAAUGGUCUUCUCUGAUUUGGAUUAAAAUUGAACAUGCUUAUGUGAGAGAAAUUUUUGCAUUCUUCUGGGAAUUAAUCUCAAUCCACUGUGAUUAGAUAGAACGUUUUUGUAUGAACUACAGGCUACAUAUAUUAUAAUUUCUUCUUUCGUGAUAAAUUUCAUAUGCUUUUGUACUCCGAGCGGAGCUCGGUGCCCCGAUACCGUAUUUAAUAAUAAUUAUUUUAUUUUAUUAAGCAAGAAAUCAUAUUUUUCAAUAAUUUCAUAAUGAAUUUUCAUUCAUUAUAUUGAUAAUUUCAAAGGAGAAUGAACAGUUAAUGUUACAUCAAUAAACCUGUAUCAGCUACCGUCUGUAGAAGGCAUUGACAAGACAGAGGAUCGGCAACGUUUUCCUCCUAUCUUCCUCUACUGCCAUAUAACGUGGACCUCACUAUAGACUACUUGUCUAACAUUCGACAAAGCAAAUAGCGCUAUCCUGUUCUACCUCUGCAACGAGCCACAUCGUUUUGUGACAAUGUAGAAUUACCUAAUAAAAAAAUGUAUCAUCUAAUCAUUGAAAAAUAUCUUUGUCCUCGACGAAUAAAAAUAUAAUUGGUCAUUUCAAACCAAAAUGAACAGUUGAUAUUACAAUAGAUUCAUCGGUAUGAGCUAUCUUCUAUAGAAGGCAGUGGCAAGGCAGAGAAUCGGCAACACUAUCCUUUCUUCCUCCACUGUAUAACUUGGACCUCAUUAUAGCUAUGUUAGCUAUAUUACGGAGUUAGUUGUAUGUAGUUAGCUACGGAGUGGAUUGAUGAUUUUGUAACAAUAUUGUACAAUCAAAUUUAGCAAUAACUUCUGACCUCAUCAAACUGUGCAUUACUAUGAUUGUAUACUACUUGUAUAGUAGGUAGGCUUGAAACAUAAUAAUAAAAGCUAUCAAGUACCGCUUUA